UCUCGAAAUGUAGGCGACAUCCUGAUAGCAAACAACCAACGGCAACAAUCCUCGCUGGUUUUGGUAUUUGCUCCAUAUCUUUUGUAAAAUGAGCAAAAAGGGGCAAAAGGGUAAUGUUUCAUGGGUAAAGCCAGCAGAGCCAUCCUUUCUCAAGAAAUUCAAAAGUGAUGUCGGGUAUAAGGAAGGGCCAACGGUCGACACGAAGCGACAAGAAAUGCCCCAGCUCGAUGAUGAUAGCGGUGAUAGUGAUCGGGAGGACGAGUUACCACAAAUUGUUGUUCUCAAGAAAGGCGAUCUGAGUGCUGAUGAAGUGCAGCACAUGAAGAAAGAGAAGGGUUCCACAAAGGACGAUGAACCUCCUUCAGAUGGCAAGAUCGUGUUUAAGAAGCCUGCAAAGCGCUCAUCCUCAGAUAAGUUCCAGGGUAUCUCUGCCAGUUCCAGCAAGAAGAAGAAGAAGAAGCACGACGACGAGGACGAAGAAGACAAGAGCGAGUCGAAAUCAGGGGCGAAAGUGAAAAACAAAAGUUUGCUGUCAUUUGGAGGUGAUGAGGAGGACGACGACGACUGAAAUGACUGCACACUAGCAGCAGGGUCCUCCUGAUCGACAACAUUCAGAUGUCUAAGCAUUCAUGUAGUUCAUUGUGUUUUGUAUGUUGUGAUUUAUUUUCUAAAUUGUUUUAGAUAAUGUAAAUGGUUUCUAUUUGGAGGGACAACCUCUGCCCAUCUGGAUGAGUUGUGUGGGGGCUGAAUUUCCUUAAACAAUGUAUAAACAGGUCCAAAGCAUCAUAUACACUGGUGAAACAAUAACUGAACAAGCACAAUGGUAGAUGCUUGCAGAAUGCAACAUGUGAGGGCCAAAGGUUGAUACACUGCCACAAAGGAAAGGCCUCUGCACUUCUCAUUGGAUGUAUACAUAUAGCUUCUACAAAGGAGCUGUUUUUUUAAAACAUGUUUUAUGAUUAUCAAUGUAUUUGCCAUCCCAAGAUUUGGGAUAGAAUGGGUUACCUGCUGGGGGGGGGUUAAAUGUCAAAAAUAAUUAAAAGAAUAAGACCUAAA